CCAAUGAGGGCUGAAAUCGAAAGAGAAAAAAAAUUUGUCUAAAAAGCCGAUAGCGAGAAGGCGAUUACGCAAUGGAGAGGUGCGAACGGAUCAUAAAGGAAAAGCAGCGCGAUAUUAUCAUUUACGUAAAAGCUACCUCGUCGAUAUAUUGUCAAAUACGACUCUAAGAAAUCCCUAGCGCGAUUACAUUCUUGAACUUGCGUCAUCAUCGGCCACUAAUCAUCGAACUUCCAAUUUGCCUGGCCGAUAAAAGCCGAGCGAGGGCCGCUUCUUGAUCGUGAAAUGGGGCGCGGGUGCGCGGGUGCAACGGGAACGAGGCCAAUUAAAAGAUGAAUCAAUCGCAGAUCCCAUUGGCCCGUCGACGAGAGGUCAAGGCUCCUAGGCGACAAGCUGUUACCACCGCGCGCUUCCGCCAUCGGUGGAAGAGAGACCACGAGAUCUGGCCAUGAUGCACCCAACGACGCCGCCGACUUUAUCACGUACGAUAGUUGCGCUUACAGUGAUCAAUGUAAGGAGCCCUUGCUGCAGGGCACCAAGCAGCAGCAGCAGCAGCAGCAGCAGCAGCAGCAGCAGCAGCAGCAGCAACUGGAACAGUCGUAUCAAGCCACAACGAUGUCCCAGCACCCGCAGAUAGCGCGAAUGACGCCGACAGGGGGCAGGUCGCGAACCUGCUCGGAGUCGAACGUCGGGGCCCACGCGUCUCUCACCCUCGGGUGCCCGAGCUGCUCGGGGAGCAUCGCCGCCCUCCACCACGUCUCGACGACGAUAUCUCCCCACGGCGAGGACUCGACGAGCCUGCUCGAGGAGGUUGGCGCCACAAGACUCCCCGACCUCGUCGCCGAGAGCAAGAUCUACGACGAGACGCAGGAGCCCCUCGAGUCCUAUCUCGCGAUCACGAUACAAGUCUCCAUACCCUUCCUCAUAGCCGGCCUCGGUAUGGUCGGUGCAGGACUCGUCCUCGACCUCGUUCAGUACUGGGUUGUUUUCGAAAAAGUCAACGAGCUCAUGAUUCUGGUACCAGCGCUUUUAGGCUUGAAGGGCAAUCUGGAAAUGACGCUGGCGUCAAGAUUAUCCACACAAGCAAAUCUUGGUCACAUGGACACACCCAAGCAGCAGUGGUACAUGAUCGUUGGAAAUCUUGUUUUGAUUCAAUGCCAAGCGAUAGUGGUGGGCUUCCUGGGCUCGGUGGUGGCCAUCGUCAUGGGAGCCAUACGCAACGGCACCGUCUCUCUCGACCACGCCUAUCUACUCUGCGCGAGCAGCCUCGUGACCGCGUCCUUGGCCUCGUUCGUCCUCGGGCUCAUCACCGCGGGCGUCAUCGUCUUCUCGCGCCACUGUCACAUCAAUCCGGACAACGUGGCCACCCCCAUAGCCGCGAGCCUCGGGGACAUAACCUCGCUAGCCCUACUCUCCUGGAUAUCGACGAUACUCUACGAGUCCAUCGAUAAGCAGGACUGGCUCGCGCCCCUCGUUAUCGCCUGCUACGUCCUCGUUACUCCCCUCUGGGUCUGGAUAGCCAAGAAGAACAAGUACACCAACGACGUCCUCUACUUUGGCUGGACACCCGUCAUCGUCGCCAUGCUCAUCAGCAGCUGCGGUGGACUGAUUCUCGAAUUUAUGGUGUCUCGCUUCGAGAAUCUCACGGUCUUUCAGCCGGUAAUCAACGGCGUCGGCGGCAACCUCGUAGCCGUCCAAGCGAGCAGGAUCUCAACAGCUCUGCACAAACAGGCGGAACUUGGCACACUCCUUAUCCCUCCAGGACACACGCAUCCGGUUAUCUUCAUCACCCCCAUUGCCAGCUUCUUUGGGAAAGGAAUGCACGCGCGAACUACUCGCGUCCUCAUGGGAAUGGUAAUACCGGGGCACGUGAUUUUCAUUUACCUGAUCAACUACAUGAAGGAAGGCCAAACUUCAAUGAGCACGCUCUUCGUAUUCGUCUACCUGUGCGCGGCGAUGCUUCAGGUGGCAGCCCUGCUCUACAUCGCCUACAUUAUGAUCCAUUGGAUGUGGAAGCGAAAAAUUGACCCGGACAACUCGGCGAUACCCUAUUUGACGGCGAUGGGCGACCUACUGGGCAUUAGCCUCCUCGCCAUUGCCUUCCAGUUCCUUUAUCUCGUCGGUGAUCAAGAAUUCGGCGAGCCAAUCAAGCCCUGAGGCACAUUCAAGCCGAUUUUACGGCUUAGCGACGGAAAAUCGAAGCGCGCGUACA